GUCGCUCGCAAGCAAGCCGAUGACUACUUCAAGAUGGUCUGCUCUAAGGUCAUUUCCUCGAGUCACACACACAGACCAGCACAAAGCGGUGCACACAGAAUGACGCACGUCUGCAUACAUAUAAGCGCACAUUCGCUUGCUUGCUUGCUUGAUAGCAGUUAACGAACCCGCUCCCCGACCAAGCUGAUCAAUGCACUCAAGAGACUACCGCGCCAGCCGCCACUGUGCCAGCCCCGAGGCUGCGGGAGCUUGAGGAGACCGCUGCCUGGUACCAAAUCGGCGCCGACAUCGAUGGCGAAGCGGCCGGUGACCGAUCGGGGAUAGCAGUGGCUAUCUCAAGUGAUGGCUCUCGUUUGGCCAUCGGUGCUGACUAUAAUGAUGGCGGUGGUUCUGACAGCAGUCAUGUUCGCGUGUUUGACCUCACUGGAUCCACCUGGACUCAAGUCGGCGCCGACAUUGAUGGCAAAGCGGCCGGUGAUCAAUCGGGGUAUUCAGUGGCCAUGUCCAGUGAUGGCUCUCGUUUGGCCAUCGGUGCUUACUGGAAUGAUGCUGGUGGUUAUGCAAGCGGUCAUGUUCGCGUGUUUGACCUCGUUGAAUCCACCUGGACUCAAGUCGGCGCCGACAUCGAUGGCCUAGCGGCCUAUGACCAAUCGGGGUAUUCAGUGGCCAUGUCCAGUGAUGGCUCUCGUUUGGCCAUCGGUGCUUGGGGGAAUGAUGACGGUGGUUCUGACAGCGGUCAUGUUCGCGUGUUUGACCUCGUUGAAUCCACCUGGACUCAAGUCGGCGCCGACAUCGAUGGCGAAGCGGCGGAUGACUGGUCGGGGGCAGCAGUGGCGAUGUCCAGUGAUGGCUCUCGUUUGGCCAUCGGUGCCCCCUACCAUUUUGGUAGUAGUCUUGACAGCGGUCAUGUUCGCGUGUUUGACCUCGUUGAAUCCACCUGGACUCAAGUCGGCGCCGACAUCGAUGGCGAAGCGGUCUUCGACAAUUCGGGGUAUUCAGUGGCCAUGUCCAGUGAUGGCUCUCGUUUGGCCAUCGGUACUCAGGGGAAUAAUGGCGGAGGUUCUGGCCGCGGUCAUGUUCGCGUGUUUGACCUCGUUGAGUCCACCUGGACUCAAGUCGGCGUCGACAUCGAUGGCGAAGCGGAUGAUGACCGGUCGGGGCAGUCAGUGGCCAUGUCCAGUGAUGGCUCUCGUUUGGCCAUCGGUGCUUGGGGGAAUGAUGGCGGUGGUUCUCUUAGCGGUCAUGUUCGCGUGUUUGACCUCGUUGAAUCCACCUGGACUCAAGUCGGCGCCGACAUCGAUGGCGAAGCGGCCAAUGACCAAUCGAGGCGGUCGGUGGCCAUGUCCAGUGAUGGCUCUUCCUUCGCCAUCGGUGCUCCGAGGAAUGGUGGCGGCGGUUCUGACAGCGGCCAUGUUCGCGUGUUCACGACCACUCCACAGCUGACACUGACGACUGCUGCACCAAGCACAGCAUCACUGACGAGUGCUGCAGCAAGCACAAUAUCACUGACGAGUGCUGAACCAAGCACAGAAUCACUGACGAGUGCUGAACCAAGCACAGAAUUACCAACCACUACUCCAGCAACCACAUCAGCUCCAACAAUUUCAUCCGAGACGCCAACGCCAACGUCAUCUAUGCUGAUAUCCGAUCUGCUAGCCGAUGGGCACAUCAUGGUCGACAGCGUCACCCCUGAUGAUCAGGAGGAUGCGGCAGCUGUGUGUCAUAUAUCAUUCACCACGAGGGUGUCUUGUAUUGCCGCCAACUAUCCCAAGCGCAUCACUUUGGCAGAGGACAGCCCUGUUACGGAUGUCGAGGGCACCAGCUAUGACGAUAUUAUUACGGGCAACGCUAGAGACAAUACGCUGGAAGGUGGAAAUGGUAAUGACACCAUCGUCAGCGGUGGCGGAGAUGACAGUAAGCGACCGAAUAGAGAGAGAGAAAAGAGCUUUUCUUAGUCUAUUGCCUUCAUUCGUGUGUAUUGCGUGUGUGUGUGUUUUUGAGUUAGUUCUGCUCGGAAUGCAAGGAGCGGACAUGUUGUAG